GUGUCAGUGGCGUGAAAAAUUAUGGUGGUCCUCGUCGUCGUGUGAAUAAAUUUCGUCGAAGGUUCGACCCUCGGUGGCCGGAAAUGAAAUUUAAGUGAAACGAGCUCGUUUUAUUCCAUUCUUCUGUUGUGAAGAAGCAGAAGAAAAAUCGUCGCAUCUCAAGCCGAAGAAAAGUGGAAAAAUCGCCGAAAGGAAAUCAUCUGAUUCACGACAGAGAGAGGAAAAAUUAACCGGAAAUCCGGCCCUAAAGUGUGUGUGAUUUAGUGGAAAAUUAAAUUUGAGGUCACGCAGUCAGUGUCAGUGUGGCGUUGACGUGAAAUUUCUCUCUCUGUGUGAAAAGAAGGAGUGCUGUUGCUGCUGCCGUGGGAGGAAAACAAGAUAUCCAGCAUAAAUCCGCACACCGUCAGCUGGCUGGAAGCGAUGCGCCAACAUGUGUGUGACAACAAUGUCGGUCGGGCCAAGUGAGCCGGAAAAUUCUUCCUCUGCUCCGGAAAAGCCACUUUUUAUCAAUAUUCACAAAACGAUAAAAAUAAGAAUAAAACAUAAUCUCCGUAAUUGAACUUGCUAACAUUUAUCAGCGCAAAAAAAAACUUCCCGUUCCGAAAGUGACUUGGCAAACUCACGUGGAAAACUCCGGAAAAGUCCCACGGUCCCACGUGCUUGUAUCGAUGCAGUCCAUCACACCGGGUUUCCCUCCCUUGCUGAGCAGCAUCAACCAACCAUAAAAUAAUAAUCAUAAUAAUAACAAUAGUAAUAAUAGCGAUCUCCCCAAAGUCGUCAACGAAUACAACGAUUUCAACCGGUGUGUGUGUUUCUGUGUGAGUUUGUGUGGGGGUGGUGAAAAAUCUGAAAAAAAAAGAAAAAUCCAACGCCAUCCGGAAAAGUCAGUGUGCAACAGUGAGCAGUUUGGCUUGUGUGUGUUUGAAAGUGGGUGGUGAUUGGAAAAAUCGAAGCAAAAAAAAGCUAAACGUGAAAAAAGUAAAGUGUGCAGAUUCAAGCCCCCCGUCUUCCUCCCACCUUGGGGGUGGGGACGUUGCGAUGGGAAAAAUGAAACACCGCCGUGGCGUCGCAUUCAAAUUUAAUCAAGUGUUGCACAUUAUAUUUAUUAAUAUAUUUAUCGCGCAUUUCACACUCGGAUUACAGCAAACGGCGGCGACGACGGCGGCCGACAAGGAGAAACAUGUGAAAUCAUCCGAGAUUCAGGCGGUCGAGGGACGGAAAAUCUCUCUGCCGUGUUCAUUAUCGGCUCCGUCCAGAGAUAAGGUCUACAUGGUGCUGUGGUUCAAGGACGAUGCCGGCAUCCCACUUUACAGCUUCGACGUCCGGGGGAAACCUCUGCAGCAGGCCCGCCACUGGUCCGCGCCGGAGAGUUUCGGACCACGGGCCCACUUCAACACUGACACGGAUCCGGCCACGCUGGACAUCCAGGAUGUUCGACGACAUGACGAGGGUGUCUACCGCUGUCGCGUUGACUUUCGGACCAGUCAAACGCAGAGCUUUCGAUACAAUCUCAGCAUCAUCAUUCUUCCCGAGCAUCCGGUAGUGCUAAACCAGUGGGGCCAGCAGCUGAACAGCUCCAAGCUGGGACCCAAGGAGGAAGGCGAUGAUAUCGUGCUGAAUUGCAGGGUGGUUGGAGGUCGACCGCAGCCCUCGGUCAAGUGGCUCAUCAACGGCAUCCUGGUGGACGAACAGAACGAGCACAACUCGGGCGACGUCAUCGAGAACCGGCUGCUUUGGCCGGCGAUCCAGCGCUCCGACCUGAACUCGAUUUUCACCUGCCAGGCGACGAACACGCAGCUCGCCGAACCGAAGGAGAGCAGCUACGUGCUAGAUCUGCACCUGAAACCGCUGAGCGUCAAGAUCGAGAACCCACCGAUGCCGCUGGUGGCCGAUCGGCGGUACGAGAUCUCCUGCGAAAGUGUCGGAUCGAGGCCGAACGCCAUCAUCACCUGGUACAAGGGGAAGCGGCAGCUGCGACGAUCCAGGGAGGAAAGCCUCAACAACACCACCCGGUCCGAGCUGAGCUUCGUGCCGAACACGGAGGACGACGGCAAGUCGAUCACCUGCCGGGCCGAGAAUCCAAAUGUCACUGGACUGUUCCUGGAGACGUCAUGGAAAAUCGAAGUCGUGUAUCCCCCGAUUGUCUCGCUGCGGCUCGGUUCGACACUCUCGGCGGACGACAUCAAGGACGGGGACGAUGUUUACUUCGAGUGUCACGUCCAGGCGAACCCCCCGUGGAGGAAAUUACACUGGCUACACGACGGCCUGAUGAUAACUCACAACGCUUCCGCCCGGGUGAUCCGCUCGAACCAGAGCCUGGUGCUGCAGAAGGUGAACCGUAACUCGUCCGGAAAUUACUCGUGCAGCGCAAUCAACGGCGAGGGCGAAACGGUCAGCAAUCAGCUGGCACUGCGGGUCAAGUAUGCCCCCGUUUGCGCGACGGACAAAAUCAUCAUCGUGGGCGCGUUCCGGAGCGAGUCGCUGCACAUCCCCUGUGAGGUCCACGCCGAUCCGCCCCCGCGGCAGUUCUUCUGGAAGUUCAACAACUCGGGCGAGACGCUCGAGAUCGGCAAGGAGCGGUACGCCAAGAACGGGUCGCUCAGCGUGCUCGGGUACACGCCCGUCUCCGACCAGGACUACGGCACGCUGACCUGCUGGGGCCAGAACGAGGUCGGGCUGCAGCAGUGGCCCUGCUUCUUCCAGGUGGUGCUGGCUGGGCUGCCAUCGACGGUGAAAAAUUGCACGAUAAACAAUCAAACGCAGAGCUCGGUCGAGGUGCAGUGCCUGGCCGGGUACGACGGUGGCUUGCCACAGAUUUUCCUGCUCGAGCUGGUCUCCGGCCGGACGGGGCGGUUACGAUAUAACAUGACCAACCCGGACGAGCCGUACUUUGUGAUCGAACCGCUCGAGACGUUGAUCCACUACGGCGGUAUGUACGACGAGGGUGGACUGUCCGCCGAUGACCACACGCUGCGGGCCAUCAUCUAUGCCGUGAACCAGAAGGGUCGUAGCCAGGGCGUGAUCGUGAAGGACUUCUUCCUGGAGAGUACCACCACCGAAAAUCGAGCCGUGCUCACCAGCAGCUCCCUGGACAGCGUUUCGCCGAUCCUGUUCGGUGUGCUGCUGACGCUGCUGGUCCUGUGCUUCGUUAUCUUCGUGCGGGUCUACUACAUCAAAGCGACCACGACGGCGACCACCAUCACGAACGUUAGCGCCGAUCUGGUGAAGCAGCACGGCUCCAAGCAGGACGCGUCCACUAAGAAAAACUCCAAGCAAAGUCCCCGGUGGCAGCACGGCGCAGGAGGAGGCGGAGGAGGAGCUGGCGCGGGAGGCGUUCCGGCGAGCGCCACGGGCGGACUCGGUUCCCAGGGCGGUCAUCAUCAUGGUGGGGCGAUUGACGGAAAAUCCGACCCCUCCGAGGACGACAGGGGCGAUCCGGACGUGAUUCCGGCGCAGUUCGUUUCCAAUGAUGGGGAAGAUUCCAGCUUCAAUUCGUCCAAAUGGCCUAACGGGAGCUAUUACGAUCGCUAUCCGAACCAUGACAUACGACCGACGGAGCUGCUGAUACCCCCGGCGGGGCACAUGGCCCACAUCAGCGGCAGCAGCACGACGUCCACGCCGGUCAUCGUGGGUGGUGGCAGUGGCCAGUUACGUCCCCCCUCGUCCGGCACGCUGGGAGACCCCUCGUCGGUUAGUGGCUUCAAGCUGGGACCGUUCUACACGAGUUCCGGGCUGGACCACCAAGGGGGUGGACCGACGAUAGGACUGUACCAUCCAUCAAGUCAGCCGCCCGGUGGCCCGGUGCCCAACGGAGGAGGGCCGAUGGGCGGAAUGGGUGGUGGUGCCCAGGGAGUUAAUCCAAACGAUUACGACAUCAAUGUACAUACCAUCAAAAACAUGCUAAUGACCACGAGGGUCCCCGAGAGUUGUGUCUAGUCUCGUGGUGCUGGUUGGGGGUUGGAAUUUCAUAUAGUGCGUGUGGGUGUUUGUGUGUGUGUUAGUCAAGAGUGUAAUUUAGCUAACUGUGUGAGAGGUUUUUAACUGAAAGUAGAUUAGGGUCAAUUUUCUGGAACGGAUUUGGUGCUGGCAGGAUUGUUAAGGGUUUUCUUAUUUUUUCACUGCGAUCACUUCCCAGAUUUUUUUUUU